GGCUAUAGCCAGUGAUGCAAACCGGACAAACACCGGCAUUACCUCCGCGGAGAGAUGCGCGGGCCUUCGAUCUUCUUGAUUUCUCCAGAGCUCCUAAUUCAGCUGCGUCGUCUCUAGUGUAGCAAUCUCUGACGAAUUUCAAAGCGAGAAACACUUUUCGGACGGCGAUCUCAUGGCGGGCACACCCGAUGCCACCAUGGAGGAAAUCCUCUGGCGGUCUCCGCCCCACGUCCAGAUGAUGGGAGGAUACCUCCACUCCAACAACAUUCUUUACUACUUUGCAGAGUCGCCAUUCUUUGACCCAACAUCCAACAACGCCUCACUUGCCAUCCAAGCAAACUACAAUGAAGCUUUCCGGCACUUUGUCGAGACGCGCGAGGCCUUCGAGGGCCGGUUAAAGACUAUGCAGGGCUUGGAAUUCGUGGUUUCAUAUGAUCCCAUCCAGGCAGCAGCACAACCUGAUGGUCGAUUCGCGCAUGAGCCGUCAAACAUUUGGGUGAUUCGCAAGCAGAACCGGCGCAAGAGGACCGGCCUGGAAGAUGAGGUGGUAGUUUUAUCGACGUACUUUAUCGUCGGAGAUUGCAUCUACAUGGCCCCCUCGGUUGCGAGUGUUGUGGGGAACCGCAUCCUGUCCGCAGUUACGUCUCUCACCAGCUUGCUAAAGACAGCAUCUACACUACCUACCUUCACCCCGUCCCACGGCCAUACCUAUAUGCCGCCUGCGCUCAAACAAGCCGACGCAAGUCAACCUGGCACGCAGUCGCAGCAGAGCAAGGAGAACACCCCAUUACCGGACGCCGAUGCAGCUGGCAAGGCCUCGCUCGUUGGCUCUUCACAAGUGGUCGGCACUGGUUCCAACGUGCAAGACACACGGACACUUGCGGAGUCAUUCAACCUGCUCCGAAGAUAUGGGGAGGAGUUUAUGGACGAGCAUCCGUUGGUGGGAGAGCCGGGAUCGUUCAUCCUAUCCCGUGUCAAUGACACAGACCGAACCUCAGCAGCGAAACCACCAGCCCCUGCCGCGAAGGUUGGAACGCCGCAGGUCCGGGUUGAUACGCCAGGGAAGGUAUCAGAGAAGGGGGCGACGCCAUCAGGAUCCGAAGAGAAUAAGAUGCGGAAGAAGAAAACUAAGGUUGGCAAUUGAAGUGGAAGGACAGAAUAAUGAUACCCUAAUGAUCAUGAGAGCAGGAUUCUCUCAUCCCGAUUCCAAUCUAGACAUGGAUAGCUAGAUCUCUUAACCAAUCUACAAGUGCAGCUGGUUAUUGCCAUCAGCUCCUUCCUUUUUUUUUUUCA